CGGUUACAAUCCGAGUAAAUUGUCUGCGCUUCUGACCGUGAUCGGAAAUGCAAGACGUUUACAGAGGUCGUCGCAUGGAUAUAAUAUCGUAAACCGUGAACUUGUUAAAACUCAUUGUCGUUGCCUAUAAUCGUCGGCACAACUCCACGGUACACGGUCCCAUGCGGAAUACCUGCUCGAAAUCGCUGUUUCUUUACCGACCAAAAUAAUGGAACUGUCGUCGCUAAAAGUGAUGAUCUUCGGGAUGUACGUGCUAUUCUGGAGCCCAGCGAUUACCACAGCGACUUUGCAGCGCAACAUCUUAGCCCCAGAAUGGAUCGGCAAGUUUACAGAUGAAGAACAGACGGGUGUUCCUAAGCAUGUGCUAGCUAUGCAGGAUAGAUAUUUUUACCCGGUCAGACAAAUGAUUCAAAAAAUGUUGAUAUCGCCGAGUAGGCAGAACCGGGCUCGAAAGAAUCGGAAAACUCAAAAAGCCAUUUUAAAGUCUACCGAAUUCCCGUGUGACAGAAACGGCACUAGAUCUUUAACGAGACCAACUAGCGUGCACCAGCUGAGACCUGGAGAUAUAGAUAUCAUAGGCAGCGUUGGUGACUCCCUAACGGUGGGACUUGGAAGUUUCUCGAAUAACAUAUUUGAAAUACUGGUCGAGCAUCGAGGAGUCUCGUGGACAGCUGGAGGAGAUGGUACAUGGAGAGAAUAUUUAACUUUGCCAAAUAUUUUGAAAGUAUUCAAUCCCAAGCUAUUUGGUUAUGCAUACGGAGAUUCGUUAGCUGAAGAACGCGGUUCCCAGUUUAACGUGGGCGAAAAUGGGGCUCUUAGUCAAGAUUUAUUUUUCAUGACGCGAGAAGUAGUUAAGAGGGUCAAAAACGAUAAACGAGUAAAUUUAACUGAACACUGGAAGUUAAUCACAAUAAUGAUGGGCUCUAAUACGUUUUGUUUACAACUGUGUUAUGAAGAUAAUACAAAAUUGAUAAAAAUACACAAAGAUAAGCUUUACAACUCAAUUGCUCAUAUAAAAAGUAAUCUUCCAAGGACUAUGGUCAAUAUCGUUAUGAGUCCACAUUUGGAACUUAUAACCAAUUUUACGAGAAAGCCAAUGUUUUGCGAAUUCUUCAACAUAAUGGAAUGUCCCUGUUUAUUUGCUAGACAGUACAAGAAUCGACUGCCAGAAUUUGUGAAAACUAUGUAUUUAUUUCAACAAGUCGAAAAGGAAAUAGUACAAAUGGAAGAGUUUAAAAACACAGAAGAUUUCACAGUUACUCUUCAGACGUUCACCGAACAUCUUGUAUUUCCAUUAACUCGUUUCAAUCAUACAGAUUAUUCGUAUUUAUCAGCAGACUGUUUCCAUUUUAGCCAAAAAGGCUAUGCGAGAGCUGCUAAUGCAUUGUGGAAUAAUAUUAUGGAACCGGUAGGCCGAAAAUCGACAAACUGGAUUCAAGAAUUUGACCGGUUUAAUUGUCCAACAGCCGAAUCACCUUUCAUUCCCACGUGGAAAAAUAGUGAAACAAUAUGAUCUCUUUGAUACCAAUUUAUUUGUAGUUCUAAAUAACUAGUUAUUACUUAUUUUAUGUUAUUAAAACUUAUGGACAAAAAAAAAUGGUACUUACCUACUAACAUAUUUAAAAGGUCUAUUACUCUGUGAUCAGUGAUGACCAGGCCUAACGUAAUCUACGAGCAAAUUGAAAGCUCACUAGAUAAGUAUGGUAGGUACCUAUGUUAUGGACAACGGUUGCAGAAAUAUUAAUUAAUUAUGCAAGGUGCUCCUGUCCAAACGGUUUCAUUGCGUUAAAAUUUUUAAGGGUGUUAAAUUAAGAGAACUGAAGGAAGUAAAUAACUUGAACAAGAAAUGGUAAUCUUCUCCAUUGAAACAUGAACGACUGAUAAAAUGAAUAAUUAUUUGUUUAAACUGUAAAUCUUCACGCCAGUACAACUGAUCGUGAAUUAUUAUGUUUUAUUUUACCAUAUAUUUGUUUUUAACGAGUUAAUAAAAGUCUAUUUUUGUUUUUUUAAAUACUAUUCAUUAAAUUGCCGUUGU